UUAACUAUCGACAACUGGAAACCAAAAUUAACUAGUUUGAAAGAGAUACUAAGUAAAUUAGGAUUAACUAACAUUCGUUUUGCCUCCAAACCAAAAGAAAAAGAGAAAAAUGAUGCUAAAAAUAAUAAUUUGGUAACUAGUGGAAACAAUGGAGCAAAAACCGAAGAAAAAAAAAAUAAUUCUAGUUCGGCAAAUAGAGUUCAUACUAAAUUUAGCACCUUGGAUGGCAUAAGCAGCCCAAGUGAUUACGCCGAGAGUGCUCGCCAAAAAAAUUAUGCUGCUUUGGCCGUGACCGACCAUUAUAAUGUGCAAUCUUUCCCCGAGUUUAGCAAACAUCAAAGCAAUGAUUUGAAAAUUAUUUAUGGUUGUGAAAUGGAAAUGUUGGAAGACGACCUUCCGCCCUAUAUUUUUAAUCAUCCUGAACAAAUUUUGGAAGCGAAUAUAAAUGAUUUGACUUAUUGCGUUUUUGACUUAGAAACAACUGGAUUUUUUUCCCAGUACAACGAGAUUAUUGAAAUAGGUUAUGCCAUUUAUCACCAGGGAGAAAUUAUUCGGGAAGGCGAAUACUUAAUUUGUCCGGAAAAAGAAAUCCCGGCCGAAAUUCUGGCUACUUGGUAUACUAGUAUUGACCCCGAAGAAUUGAAGAAAGCCCCGACCAUCAAAGAAAUUUUGCCAACCCUGCGCCAAGAGUGA